AUGGGGGUGGGAGGAGGGGGAGGGGGAGGGGGAGGGGAGGGGGCGGGGGAGGGGGAAGAGGGGAGGAGGAGGUGGUGGAGGGUGAAGGUGAAGCUGAGCACGGUGGCGGUGGUGGCAUGGGUGCUGGCGUCGGCGGCGCUCUGGGCGGGGCUGCACUGGCGGUUCCGCCGCACGGCGCUGCACAAGGCCGAGGAGGCGCUCGUCUGCAUGUGCGAGGAGCGGGCGCGCAUGCUGCAGGACCAGUUCGCCGUCUCCGUCAACCACGUCCACGCGCUCGCCAUCCUCGUCGCCACCUUCCACUACGACAAGCAUCCGCCCGCGCUCGACCAGGACACCUUCGCCGUGUACGCCGCGAGGACGGCCUUCGAGCGGCCGCUGUUGAGCGGCGUGGCGUACGCGCAGCGGGUGGUGCACGCGGACAGGGAGAGCUUCGAGCGGCAGCAGGGGUGGAUCAUCAAGACCAUGAAGCACGAGCCGUCACCGGUGCAGGACGAGUACGCGCCGGUGAUCUACUCCCAGGAGACCAUCUCCUACAUCGAGGGGCUCGACGUGAUGUCUGGCGAGGAGGACCGGGAGAACAUCUUGAGGGCGAGGGCAACCGGAAAGGCCGUCCUCACGAGGCCAUUCCGGCUGAUGUCGGAUCACCUGGGUGUUGUCUUGACGUUCCCCGUAUACCUUGUCGAUCUUCCUAAUGAUACCAAGGUGGAGGAUCGUGUUGCUGCUACUGCAGGAUACCUUGGAGGAGCAUUUGAUGUGGAGUCACUGGUAGAAAACUUGUUGAGGCAGCUAGCCGGUAACCAGGAAUUGGUGGUCAAUGUUUAUGAUGUUACAAACCACUCAAACCCCCUUGUCAUGUAUGGAUCUGAAAUUCCUCUUGGUAGUCCCUCGCCGUCACACACCAGCAAGCUAGAAUUUGGUGAUCCGUUCAGAAAGCAUAACAUGACUUGCAGAUACAGAAACAAGCUUCAUGUUCCUUGGUCCGCAAUUACUACCCCAUCUGGUGUCUUUGUUAUAUGUAUGCUCGUGGGUUACAUACUAUUUGCUGCUUGGAGUCGCUACGAUAAUGUUAAGGAAGAUUGCCGGAAAAUGGAAGCGCUGAAAAAACGGGCAGAAGCGGCUGAUAUUGCGAAAUCUCAGUUCCUUGCAACUGUUUCUCAUGAGAUCAGAACACCCAUGAAUGGCGUACUGGGAAUGCUUGACAUGUUAUUAGACACAGAACUGAAGUCAACCCAGAGGGAUUAUGCACAAACAGCCCAAGUCUGUGGAAAGGCAUUGAUAUCCCUGAUCAACGAAGUGCUUGACAGGGCCAAAAUUGAGGCUGGAAAGUUAGAUCUCGAGUCAGUACCAUUUGACCUGAGGUCCAUUCUUGAUGAUGUUAUAUCGUUAUUUUCUGCAAAAUCGAGAGAGAAAGAAAUUGAGCUUGCUGUAUAUGUUUCCGAAAGAGUUCCUGAAAUCCUGUUGGGCGACCCUGGGAGGUUUCGACAGAUAAUUACAAACUUGGUGGGAAACUCGAUCAAGUUCACAGAGCGAGGGCACAUUUUUGUACAAGUUCACCUAGCAGAUCACUCGAACCUUGCAACAGAAGCAAAAAACGAACCGGUAAUCAAUGGGAUGAAUGGGCAUAAAGACGAUGCUAGUGCUAUAUACGCCAGUGCGUCUCAUAACACUUUAAGUGGUUAUGAAGCAGCUGAUAGCAGAAAUAAUUGGGAAAACUUCAAGCUUUUGCUCUCCUAUGAGAAAAAUGAAAUGCCAUAUGAAAGUGAUUCUGAUAAAGUAACUCUUGUUGUAAGCGUCGAAGAUACCGGGAUAGGUAUACCACUGCAUGCCCAAGGCCGUGUCUUCAUGCCUUUCAUGCAAGCUGACAGCUCAACUUCUAGAAACUAUGGUGGAACUGGGAUUGGAUUGAGCAUCAGCAAAUGCCUUGUUGAAAUAAUGGGUGGUCAGAUAAACUUUGUCAGCCGACCCCUUGUUGGGAGCACAUUCACAUUCACUGCUGUUCUGCGAAGGUGUGACAAAAAUGCUAUUAAUGACAGUAAGACUGUUCUUUUGCACCCUUUACCAUCCAGUUUUAAAGGCUUAUCUGCACUGUUGGUUGAUAAAAGAUCUGUAAGAGCAACUGUGACUAAGUAUCAUUUGCAAAGGCUUGGAAUUGCUUCUGAAGUUGUUGGUACCAUUGAACCGGCAUUUGGUGUCUUGUCUGGGAGAAAUGGCAGAUCUCUAACCAGCAUGGUCAAGAAGCAGCCGUGCAUGUUGUUAAUCGAGAGUGAUUCAUGGGGCCCACAGAUGGAUGUCUCCUUACAUGCUACACUCCAGGAGAUGAAACAGAAUGAUCACAUACGUGUACCACCCAAAGUUUUCCUUCUUUCUGCUGCAGAGUCAGACAAAGUAAAGACAAUAUAUGCAGUUGAUUCUGUGAUAACAAAGCCUCUGAAAGCAAGUGCACUUGCAGCCUGUCUGUUUCAAGCACUUGGUAUCACACAGCCAAGCAAUGAGAAACGUGACGAUGCAGGUUCUCUUCAUGGGCGUGAUGGUUCAGGUUCUCUUCACGGGUUGCUUCUUGGCAAGAACAUAUUGGUGGUUGAUGAUAACAAGGUAAACCUCAGAGUGGCCGCUGGCACAUUAAAGAAAUAUGGGGCAAAAGUGGAGUGCGUGGAGAGUGGCAAAGAUGCUCUUUCCCUUCUACAAAUGCCGCACAAAUUUGAUCUUUGUCUCAUGGACAUUCAGAUGCCAGAGAUGGAUGGGUUUGAGGCAACUCGGCAAAUACGGGCAAUGGAAGGGAACGAGCAGGCAAGCGAUAGCGAUGAUUCGAGUUCAGAGAAUGCAGCAAAGACGGACAAAUGGCACCUGCCAAUCCUGGCAAUGACUGCCGAUGUCAUCCAGGCCACCCACGAGGAAUGCACAAAGUGCGGGAUGGAUGGCUACGUCUCGAAGCCCUUCGAGGAGAAGCAGCUCUUCCAGGCAGUGCAGAAGUUCUUGGGCCCAACCACGUCCAGCUGACGCCAACUGAUGCAUUCUGCUGUACACUAGCAAGGUAGUAAGAGGGAGCUCUGGCUGCCAACUGAGGCAGCUACAUUCUUCUCCAUUUUGUUGCUCUUCUACAGAGGAUGCCAUCUGAAUGAACUCGCGACAAGCCUGCACUCGAGGGGCGACACAGCACAGCAAGGAUCGGAGCCGGCAUUGUGUACAUGUAUUUUUUAUCGGCAGACACCAAACUGUAGUCUAAGCUAGGAGAAGCGUAAAUUUAGGGUGAUCAUCAUGUCCUGUUGUCGGAGCCACAUGGGCUAUUGGCAUCUUGAGCAAUUCUCUUUUCUUUUUCUUUUUCUGUACAGCUCCCACGAUUUUUCGGCGCCAGCCCACUGUUGACAGAACAGAACAAAUGUCUGCAGGGUGCAACGCUGGUAAACCAGAUAACCUGAGAAUUUUUGUUGUGUGCAGUAUACUCCCUGUCGUUUGUCCUAUA